CUUUACAAACCCUUUAAGUCUUGUGUUCGGACUUUUUGGUUGCAGCUUUCUUUCAUUUGUGAUUUGCAUCAAUUACUUUGUUUAUUCACAUUGAGAGGUGGAGGGAUAAGCGCAGGAAUAUUUAUUUAUUUAUACAAUGAUCAUUGCUGAUGGAUAUACCCUGCGGCAGUGAUCGUCCAAAAGACAAAGAAAACAGACUGGCUUGUUGAAAUGAAGUUGUUUGAUAAAUCAUCUUUAGUACAAAUAGCCUGCCUAUAGAUGGAUCAAAAUUAGUCCGGAUUCUACCGAGCCAAAUUUUGAUCUGUCUACGGCCAGCUAUAGCUUUUUCCAGAACUGUUUGAGAGGUGGAGAAGGAGGUGAUAUGUUGCCUCCUCAUCGCCUGAUUCAGGGCCCAUUCACACUAGAAUGCAGUGCGGGAAAAGACACAUUCCCGUGUGACUUCCCGCACCGCAUUCCAAUCACACUGCCCUUAACGUCACUCCAAAUGCAGGAUGCAAACGCAGUGUGUUUACCCACACCAGAUCACAUGGUACAAAAGUAGCAUGCAGGGGGGUUGCCAUGCAUCUUAAAAAUGUAGCCCACUUCAAUCGGCAGAGGAUCCAUGAGCAGAUCCCUUCCUGAAUCAGAGCUGAACAGGAUGGAUGUCAGUUUUUUACAUCUGUGCCCAUUUCUGUUUGUGGGAGGAGACACAGGAGGACCUGUGACAGCUCUAUGGGCGGCUGGAUGAAAACAGACUCCAGUGUCUAUUUACUGUCUGGUUACAUCAGGCUUUCUCCGAUGUGUCACAUUUAGGUCCAGAUAAAUGGAGGAGGACACAGUCCUUUUCUAUUUCCCCCCCCCCAGACCUGGAAGAAUUCAGAGCUAGGUAGGUGUAAACAUUUCAUUUACAUCAGCUUGUCCAUACGGCUGCAUGGACCUUUCCGAUCAGGUCCUCCUGAAAGAUUGAGAAGAGGACCCCGAAUGAACUGAUGUGAAAGGACCCCUGUAGGUCACCAGAGUGCACUUAUUUCUGCACUCCUAUGACCUGUAUUCAGCUGACAGCGGGCUAAAGUCUGCAGUCGGCUGAUGUUAAAAAAAUUGUUACUAUGCAAUUGCAUGCCACAAACAUUUUGGCGCAAGUCAAUAUAUUGGCCCCACCCCAUUAUUUAACCAACAGGGAUCAGGGAUUGGUGGGGAUGAUAGACGGGGGGGGGAGUUUUCCAUUUUAGCCCCAGGCACUGGAUUACCUUGUUUCAGCACUGGGCCGAAGGUAAUCUGAAUGAACUGAGAGGCUAGCUGGAGACAGUCCUUUUAAAAGAUUGGGAGAUGCAGUGUUUCCUGGGAAUGGGAGGAGGAGUCUUCUCUCUCAGAUGUUGUCUUGAAAGACUUCUGGAAAAGACGUUACUGGUGAGUGUAACUUGGGAUUUCAGAAUUUGCCUCCUAUUGACUUCAAUGGGGUUUGUAUUUUACAUCGCCAAUGUUUGGAUUUUUUAAUGGAUUUGCGAAAGGUGCCCACAAGUCAAUCUCAAGCACCACUCCCCCCCAUCACUAUGCAGCACAAUGCUCUAAAUUAGAACAAAGAAAUGAGAUUCUCCUGCAAGAAAUUGUAAUAAACUGUCAAUUUUACCAGCCAAUGGGAAUAAUAGAUUGUCCUCCAUAAAAUAGAAUACAAAUAUUUAAACAUGUAUAAUAUUGUACAUAUUCCUUCUAUAACAUAUAUUUAAUAAUGAAUGUACAAAAUAGAAAGUAACUUUAUUUAAUCCUUUAUAUAGAAUUCUGACUUUUUAUUUUUUUCUGUAUAGGUGGAUUGAUGAACUGAGUUUUUGGUCAGACUUGUCUUAAAAAAUAAGUCAGAUGAGAAACGAGCCAUAUGAGUGUCUUAAGUGACGGAAAGUUAUUCUUGCAAUUCACUGGAGGAUUCACGCAAGAUUCAAGACAUAUCAGUGUUCUAAAUGUUGUAAGUGUUUUGGAUCCUCUUCAACAUUGAUCCAUGCUCAGAGGACAACAAGAGAGAAGUAAUUUCAGUGUUCUGGAAGUGACAAUGACUUUACAAUAAAGUCCAACCCAUGUAUACAUAAGAGGAGUCAUUUCAGAAGAUAUUUCUCGUUUGGAAUGUAAUAAAGGUUUUACAAUGGAGGCAAAACGUAUCAUACACCAGAAGGUUCACACUGGAGAGAAGCCGUAUCAGUGUUCUGAAUGUGACAAAGCAUUUUCAACCAAGAACAAGCUUAUCAUACACGAGAGGGUUCACACUGGAGAGAAACCGUUUCGGUGUUCUGAAUGUGGCAAAACUUUUAAACAGAAGGGUGGCCUCCACACACACAAGAUGAUUCACACUGGAAAGAGGCCAUAUCAAUGUUCAGAAUGUGACAAAGCUUUUAUACAGGAAGCUAAUUUUAUUACACACAAGAUGACUCACACUGGAGAGAAGUCAUAUCAGUGUUCAGAAUGUGACAAAGCUUUUACAUCGAAGUCAAAUCUUAUCAGACACCAGAAGAUUCACACUGGAGAGAAGUCAUAUCAGUGUUCAGAAUGUGACAAAGCUUUUAUAACAAAGAAAGGGCUUAUCACACACCAGAGGGUUCACACUGGAGAGAAGCCUUAUCAGUGUUCAGAAUGUGACAAAGCUUUUAUAACAAAGAAAGAGCUUAUCACACACCAGAGGGUUCACACUGGAGAGAAGCCGUAUCAGUGUUCUGAAUGUAACAAAGCUUAUAAAACAAAGUCAAACCUUAUCAUUCACCAGAUGAUUCAUACGGGAAAGAAGCGGUAUGAGUGUUCUGAAUGUAAAAAAGCUUUCACAGAGAAGAGAGAACUUAUAAGUCACCAGAUGGUUCACACUGGAGAGAGGCCCUAUGAGUGUUCUGAAUGUGACAAAGCUUAUACAGACAAGAAAGGGCUUAACAGACAUCGGAAAAUUCACAUUGAAGAGAAGCCAUAUGAGUGUUCUGAAUGUGACAAAGCUUUUACACAGAAGUCAUGUCUCAUCAGACACCGGAGAAUUCGCACUGGAGAGAAGCUGUAUCAGUGUUCUGAAUGUGAUAAAGCUUUUACAGAGAGGCACACCCUUUUCCGACACACAAGGGUCCACACCAGAGAGAAGCCAUAUAAAUGUUCUGAAUGUGGCAAAGCUUUUGCAUGUAAGUCAUAUCUUAUCACACACCAGAAGAUUCACACUGGAGAGAAGCUGUAUCAGUGUUCAGAAUGUGAUAAAGCUUUUAUAGUGAAGACAAGCCUUACCACACACCAGAGGGUUCACACUGGAGAGAAGCUGUAUCAGUGUUCAGAAUGUGAUAAAGCUUUUACAGUGAAGUCAAACCUUAUCAUACACCAGAGGGUUCACACUGGAGAGAAGCCAUUUCAAUGUUCUGAAUGUGACAAAGCUUUUACGAAUAAUGCCGGGCUAAUCAAACACCAGAGGAUUCACACGCUUCAGCUGCAGUAAAGAAACUCUGGAAGAAGGGGGAGGAGCUAAGCUGCAAUGAAAGACUUCAGGGUGUUUUAUUAAUUUCACAGCUCAUGUCAUCUCACAGAUACUCAAAGUAUAUUGCUAUUGUGAAAUAAUAAAUAAAAUAAGUGAGCAAACAAGAAUGUGAUGGAUGGACACUUUAGUAUUUAUGUCUAUCGGGUACAGCCUAGACUAUUCUACAUUUUGACAAUUUUUUUGGGCGGGCAACAAUGAACCUUAUUCCUUAUGAUUCUCAUCUGUACCUUUUUAUGUGGCUUUGUCUGAACAUGUAAUGCAUUUGUAUGAUUCGCUAACUGAGCUGUAUUCUCAAGUGUUUUCCUAAUUGCCUGAUCCUGAGCCAAUACAUGACCAACACUGCCUCAGUACAGGGAGACUGGGUAGCAGUCAAGCGACAUCUUGCCCAGACUCUGAAGCCUCAGUGGGAGAAUCCUUUCCAGGUUCUGCUGACAAUUGCUAUACCUGCCAAUCAUGAGGGCUCCAACUAAGCCCAUCUUAUACAUUUUAUUCCUCCCUUCUCAUGAUCAAGGCCUCCUGUCCAUCUUCCACCUCCUCUCAUGGAUGACAACUUUGCAGACAGGGACACCAACCAUGCCAAAGUCUCCAUUCCAUGAGAAAGCAACUUUAUCCCAGCUGGCUACUUGUGUUUUAUUCAGUUCUGAUGAAAGUCUAUAGGAUUCCAUCAGGUGAAGAUUGGAUCUCCUUAUUAUCUAGUUUUCCUGUCCGUCUAUUGGUCACCUCCAUAGACCAAUCAUACAGUACAGCUACAAGAAUUCUGAUCUCACAAAGAGUAUGUGGUCAUAUCCCUACAACUUCAUCUGGGGGACUGAAAUUUCCCUGAUUGGGGUUCUCUUUAUUGAGUGAAAAGAUCUUUUAUUUUUUGGUAGAAUUUUUUUUUGUGAAAACAUUUUUUUGAUCCUAGAAGCAUUGUGUGAUGUUAAGUAUAACUAUGGGCAAAAACAAUGAUGACAUAAAUGGUGCAAUCUGUCAUUAACCAUUUUAUUCCCCGAGACUUUCUCCCCCUAAACCCACCGAGUCACAGAGCGUUUUCUUUUUUUCAAUGUCUCAGUUCUGCACAUUAUGGCCCGGAUUCACAAAGAGUUACGCCGGCGUAUC